AUGGCGACCUCUUCAUCAUCAUCGGUUCCAUUCUUUGGGAUGGGCAGGGAGGAAGUGGAUGAGCAGAUGAAGCAACAAUCCGCGGCGAUUGGAGUUGGAGUGGGAGUAGGAGGAUUGCAUCAUCAUCAUCAUCCACAUCUCCACCACCAUCAACUCCUCCAGCAUUCAUCUUCCCUUUUGAGCAAUUCUCAGCUCACCACCGCCGGAGCACAGCAGCCGCCGCCUCCGCUGUCUGCCGCAAGCUCAGCCGCCGGUUCUGGUCCUCCCCAGCCCAAGAAGAAGCGAAACCAGCCUGGAAAUCCAAAUCCAGACGCGGAGGUGAUCGCGCUGUCGCCAAAAACCCUAAUGGCGACCAACAGGUUCAUCUGCGAGGUCUGCAACAAGGGCUUCCAGCGCGAGCAGAACCUCCAGCUCCACAGGAGAGGCCACAACCUUCCCUGGAAGCUCAAGCAGAAGAACAAAAACGAAGUCGUGAAGCGCAAAGUGUACCUCUGCCCGGAGCCAACAUGCGUCCACCACGAGGCUUCGAGGGCGCUGGGGGACCUCACGGGGAUCAAGAAGCACUACUCGAGGAAGCACGGCGAGAAGAAGUGGAAGUGCGACAAGUGCGCCAAAAGGUACGCCGUCCAGUCGGACUGGAAGGCGCACUCGAAAACCUGUGGCACCAGGGAGUACCGAUGCGACUGUGGCACCCUCUUCUCCAGGCGGGACAGUUUCAUCACCCACCGGGCAUUCUGCGACGCACUGGCUCAAGAGAGCGCCAGAAACCCCACACCCUCCCACUUCUUCACCGGCGCCGCCAACAACAUGACCCUAGGCAUUUCCUCCUCCACCGCAGCCGACAUCCUCCGCCUCGGCGGAUCCACUGGACAGUUCGACCACCUCCUCCCUCCUCCUCCUUCCCUCGGCGCCGCCGGAGGAGGAUCAUCGACAACCACAGCCACCUCGCAGCAGCAGUUCCGAAACCAGCCCCACUUGUCACCUUCCUCCGCCGCUUUCUUCAUGCCACAACAAGACACCUCCGACCACCACCAAAGCAGCUACCACCAGCCAUUCCACCAUGCCCUAAUGCAACAGUUUUCGUCGGAUCCCAACAACGCGGGCGGCGCAGCCGCCAACCAGCUCUUCAACCUAGGGUUCGACAGCACCACCACCAACAACAACAACAGCAACAUGACUCUCUUCGCCAAUAAUAACAACCACAGCGGCGGCGAUCAUCAGCACCAGAUGAUGAUGAUGGGAUCGUCCACCGGCGGCAGCGUCCCUCUCUUCAGCUCCUCCGUCCACCAGCAGCAGAUGAACAACAUGGUGGCUCACAUGUCGGCGACGGCGCUGCUCCAGAAGGCGGCGCAGAUGGGGUCCACCACCAGCUCCAACCCCAACGCCACCACCAGCGCGUCGCUUCUCAGAAGCGCCUUCGCCGCCGGCCCCAACAACAACAACAACCAAAAAUCAUCAUCCGGCGAAAAGCAACCGAGUCUCGGGACCUUCGGCGGGUCGUUCUUCGGCGACGUGGACACGGACAACGGCAGCAGCAACAAUCUCCACGACCUCAUGAACUCCUUCACCGCGGCCGCCAACAACAACAAUAACAAUAACGGUAGUAGUAGUAGUAGUAACAACAAGAAGCUGACGAGGGAUUUCCUGGGAGUUGGACACGUGGCGGCGGCGGUCAGAGGCAUCGCCACCACCAUCUCGCAGCAGCAGCAGCAAGUAGGGGCGGCGUUGGAGAGAAGCUCGUCGUUGGAUUCGGAGAGGAACAAUAAUAACAGCAUGGGGAGUCACUCGUCUUUCGGGGGAAACCCUAGCUUUCAAUGA